ACCCCGGACUUUGCAAAACAAUCUCCGCCCCCGAGAGGAUAUUUAAUCUGCAACAAGAAUCGCAGCUCGCGGAGGUAAAGUUGAGAGAGGAAGGGCUGCCGGACCUCGUGCCCCGUGGGGACCCGAACCCCGCGGACCGAGGAUGCGAUUCUCCCUCCCGGUGGCUGCCCUCGGGACGCGGCUUUCGCCUGGACAGCGGGACCGGACUGUAACUUAUUAAAGACGCGCACGUAGUGGCGAUUGGGGCAUAAACAGCGACACGAACUCCGGUCUGGUGCCGGAGGCUGCCUCUGCUGCCGAACAGCUGCUCGCCCCGUGCUCCUGUCCCUUCGCCGUCCGUUUUCAGAAGGGGAUCCUGAGCUUUUUUCCUUUUUUUUUUUUUUAAUUUUUAAAUUGUUGCGUGCAUUUUAUUUUGGGUGGUUGUUGACUUUUGUAGCUGGCGCGGCUGUUUGGGGGGUCUUGUGGACUGCUGACGUCGGUAGCAGCAGCACUGCCUCUCGCCAUGGCCAGUCCCACAGAUAACAACGAGGGCUUCUUCUCGGAUGUCAGAAAGGUGGGUUACUUGCGCAAACCCAAGAGCAUGCAUAAACGCUUUUUCGUGCUAAGGGCAGCCAGCGAGUCUGGACCCGCCCGGCUGGAGUAUUAUGAAAAUGAGAAGAAAUGGAGACACAAGUCGGGGGCCCCCAAGCGCUCCAUCCCAUUGGAAAGCUGCUUCAACAUCAACAAGCGGGCUGACUCCAAGAACAAGCACCUGGUGGCCCUCUACACCAAGGACGAGCACUUUGCCAUCGCAGCUGACAGUGAACUGGAACAGGAGAGCUGGUACCAAGCGCUGCUGCAGUUGCACAACAGGGCCAAAGGCCACCACCACCUCCACCACCAUCACCACCACCACCACAGCGAUGUCACCUUUGGGGGCAGCAGCGUGGGGCUGGGGGAAGCAGGUGAGGACAGCUAUGGUGAGGUAGCCCCUGGCCCUGCUUUUAAGGAAGUUUGGCAAGUAAUUCUGAAGCCUAAGGGGCUAGGCCAGACAAAGAACCUGAUUGGCAUCUACCGCCUGUGCCUGACUAACAAGACCAUCAGCUUCGUAAAGCUGAAUUCGGAUGCGGCUGCUGUGGUGCUGCAGCUGCUCAAUAUCCGCCGUUGCGGACAUUCUGAGAACUUCUUCUUCAUUGAGGUGGGACGCUCGGCAGUGACCGGGCCCGGGGAGUUCUGGAUGCAGGUGGAUGACUCUGUGGUGGCGCAGAACAUGCAUGAAACCAUCCUGGAGGCCAUGAGAGCCAUGAGUGAGGAAUUCCGACCGCGCAGCAAGAGCCAGUCGUCCUCUAACUGUUCCAACCCCAUCUCCGUGCCCCUUCGUAGCAGGCAUCACAUCAACAACCCUCCGCCCAGCCAAGUGGGGCUCAGUCGCCGGUCCAGAACCGAGAGCGUUACAGCCACCUCCCCAGCUGGCGGUGGGGGAGGAGGUAUGGGUGGCAAACCCAACUCCUUCCGGGUCCGCGCAUCCAGCGAUGGGGAAGGCACCAUGUCAAGGCCUGCCUCGGUGGAUGGUAGCCCAGUUAGCCCCAGUGCCAACCGGACCCACUCGCACAGACACCGUGGCAACUCCAGGCUCCAUCCUCCGCUCAACCACAGUCGUUCCAUCCCGAUGCCUUCCUCGCGCUGCUCCCCAUCGGCCACCAGCCCAGUCAGCCUGUCGUCCAGCAGCACCAGUGGCCACGGCUCCACAUCAGACUGCCUGUUUCCACGAAGGUCCAGUGCUUCGGUUUCUGGCUCCCCUAGCGAUGGUGGAUUUAUUUCUUCUGAUGAAUAUGGUUCUAGCCCGUGUGACUUCCGCAGCUCUUUUCGCAGCGUGACCCCAGAUUCUCUAGGACACACCCCGCCAGCUCGGGGCGAUGAAGAGCUCAACUACAUCUGCAUGGGGGGGAAGGCCGCUUCGUCCUGCUGCAGCCUGGCAGCUCCCAAUGGCCACUUCAUCCCACGCACCUGCCACCCACAGCAGCAGCCCCGCUACCCCAGCACGUCAUGCUGUCCCCGAGCCGGUAGCGAGGACAUUGCUGAUUUGGACAAGGCGUUCAGGAAACGGACUCACUCUGCAGGCACUUCACCCACCAUCUCCCACCAGAAGACACCCUCCCAGUCUUCGGUGGCUUCCAUUGAGGAGUAUACAGAGAUGUUGCCUUCUUACCCCUGCGGCAGCAGCCGGCUGCCCUCCUACCGGCACUCGGCCUUUGUGCCCACUCACUCCUAUCCUGAGGAGUGUCUAGAGAUGCACCACCUGGAUGGCAGCCAUCAUCGGACCAACUCUGCUCCGCACACGGAUGACGGCUACAUGCCCAUGUCCCCUGGCGUAGCCCCCUUGCCCAGCGGUGGGGCUGCCCCCAAGGGCGGUGACUAUAUGCCCAUGAGUCCCAAGAGCGUGUCGGCCCCGCAGCAGAUCAUCAACCCCGGCAGAGGGGGCCGCCACCCUCCGGCUACGGUGGACUCCAACGGCUACAUGAUGAUGUCCCCCAGCGGCAGCUACUCCCCGGACAGCGGCUCUGCGGGCUACGGCAAGAUUUGGACGAACGGUGCCGGCCACCACCCAAAGCUCUCGGUGGAGAGCAACGAAGGGAAGCUGCCCUGCGGCGGCGGCGACUACAUCAACAUGUCCCCGGCCAGCGGCUCCACCACCAGCACGCCGCCCGACUGCUACUUCGGGGCGGCGGGGCAGCCGGUCGUCGAGGAGGCGGCCGCCGCGGUCCUGCACAAACCCAUCUACUCCUACUUCUCGUUGCCGCGCUCCUUCAAGCACGUGCACCGGCGGGCCGGCGGGCAGGCGGGCGAGGAG